AUGUAUGACGUGGUAGAGGAGGUCAUCAAGCCUCUAACCAAGUCACGCCGCGUGGCUUUUGCAGAGCUUCUGGAGCCCCUGGCUCCCCAGGUGUUUGUGAGCCACUGGUGGGGGGAAGAGUUCGUCUGCUUCGUGAGAGCUCUUCACCUCUUUGCUGGCAGCUACAGGUCAGAAACCAAGCGAGUCGUCUGCGAUGAUGAAGAUGACACCUGGGAGACGGUUUGUGAGCCCACAGAAGAGGUCGCCUUUUGGGUCUGCUCCUUUGCUAAUCGGCAGUGGGAGGUGAACUUGGGCGAGACUUUGCAAGAGAGUCCUUUCGAGCGGGCACUCGCGGCCCCUUCUUGCACCCACGUGGUAAUGAUCAUGGACCCCUUGGCCACACCGCUCCAGCGCAUCUGGUGCCUCUAUGAAGUGCUCCGUGCACACGCUUUGAAGAAGGAGUUCCACAUCGCUACC